AUGCGUUCAGACUUUGAUUUUCCUAUAGAAAAGCCAAAAUUAUUAAGACCCUCUGUUAAUGUUGUCCGUCAAAAAGAAUAUGCAGAGGAAAAAAGAAAAGCUCAAUGUAACCUUAUUGCUAAAAUGUUGACAAUGAGUGACACUGAAUUAAUGACACUAUCAACUCGUGAAAUUCUAGAAUAUUCACAUAAUUCUAAUCCAGUACAAGUCGGUGAUGAAGGGUCAGAAAGCGGCUCGGAUAAUGAACUUCCAAGAAAUCUACAAGAAAGUGAUUCUGAUAACGAAGGAUCUGAGAGCAGUUCUGAUAAUGAAAGAUCCAAUUCGCAAGCCUCAAGAUCAAGAUCAGAAAGCGAUUCGGAUAGUGAAGGAUCAGAAAGCAGUUCUGAUAAUGAAGAAAGAUUGAUAUCACCAAGAAAGACACAAUUCCCAAGAAUAACCUCAGGCUCGGAAAGAAGUUCACAAGACUACACACCACAAAAACUUCCACAAAAAACUCCAAAAUCAACUCCACAACCAAGAACUCCACAACCAAACACCCCUAUCCAAAUCCAAAGGCCGGCUCUGCAAGCCAAGCUUGUCAUAGACCUCCUUCUUCUGUUUUGUCAGGAUCCACAUCAAGUUUGUAAGCUUUUGCAAACUCAAGAGCAGACUCGACUUGGGUCUAUCCAAAAGGUCUGA